GUUUAUAACUUAUUUAAAAAAGUUUAUACACGUAAACAAACUAUCAAAGUACCAUGGCAGAUUUUACUGGCAAAUACAAGCAAGUGUCCAGCAACAAUUUCGACGCCCUAAUGAAGGAACUGGGCGCCAGCGAUGAGGUGGCGGCCGCUCUGAAAAAUCAGAUGCAAGACUUGGAGUUCAGUAAAAACGGGAAUGUCUUCACACAGAAGAGUAUAUCCCCUCAACGGACACAAGAGAUACAGUUUGAGUUGGGAAAGGAGUUCGACGAGAAGAGACACGACGGUAGAACCGUUAAGUCUGUUGUCGUUUUGGACGGAAAUAAAUUUGUGAAAACAACUGUCGAUAAAGAAAAAGGCAAAGAACUGAAGGUUGUGUCCGAAUUCAAUGGCAAUGAGCUUAAAGUGACGGCCACUUCGGGCGCUGUUGUGGCCACCGGUGUAUAUACUAAACAGUAG